CCAACGUUUGCAAAACUCAAAACCCCAUUCCGCCGCCGCCGCCACUCGUUUCUCCUCGGCUCCAACCAGAUUCUCCAAAAUGUCCACUUUCACCCACCAUCACAACGGCCUCCUCCUCAAGAUUCCCCUCUCCGGCCGGUCCCGGGUCUCCGUGUCCAAGUCGCGACCCGGCCCAUUCACAGUCCGAAUGUCUCUCCAAGAGACCGGCCCAUCAGUUGCGGUGGUCGGCGUUACCGGUGCCGUCGGUCAGGAGUUCCUCUCUGUCCUCCAAGACCGCGACUUCCCUUUCCGGUCAAUCAAGAUGCUUGCGUCCAAGCGCUCCGCGGGUCAGAACUUGAAGUUCCUCGGCGAAAACUACGUCGUUGAGGAGCUCACCCACGACAGCUUUGACGGCGUCGAUAUCGCCCUAUUCAGCGCCGGCGGGUCAAUUAGCAAAGAGUUCGGUCCCGUCGCCGUAGAGCGCGGCACCAUUGUCGUUGAUAAUAGCUCUGCUUUCCGGAUGCAGAAUGACGUGCCGCUUGUGGUCCCAGAAGUCAAUCCGGAGGCUAUGGAGGGUAUCAAGGUUGGAAAGGGAAAGGGGGCGCUCAUUGCUAACCCUAAUUGCUCCACCAUUAUUUGUUUAAUGGCUGUCACCCCUCUCCAUCGCCAUUCUAAGGUAAAGCGAAUGGUUGUUAGUACGUAUCAGGCUGCUAGUGGAGCUGGUGCUGCUGCCAUGAGAGAGCUUGAGCUGCAAACUCAGGAGGUUUUGGAAGGGAAGCCACCAACCACUAAGAUAUUUUCACGACAGUAUGCAUUUAAUUUGUUUUCGCACAACUCAGCAGUUCUUUCAAAUGGAUAUAAUGAAGAGGAAAUGAAACUAGUCAAGGAGACACGAAAAAUAUGGAGUGACAAUGAUGUCAAGGUAACUGCCACAUGUAUACGAGUUCCUGUUAUGCGGGCACAUGCUGAGAGUAUAAAUCUUCAAUUUGAGAACCAACUUGACGAGGACACUGCAAGGGAAAUUCUGAAGAAAGCGCCUGGGCUGGUGGUUAUUGAUGAUCGAACAGCGAAUAACUUCCCUACACCAUUGGAGGUGUCAAACAAAGAUGAUGUUGCAGUAGGCAGAAUCCGUCGUGAUGUAUCCCAAGAAGGGAACUAUGGGUUGGAUAUAUUUGUAUGCGGUGAUCAAAUACGCAAGGGAGCUGCACUUAAUGCUGUUCAGAUUGCCGAGAUGUUGAUAUAGUUAACUCUGCUUUCAAGGGCUACGUUUUGCCAUAUAAAUCUAUUUGAGAGGUGAGAGGUGAGGUGAAGUGAUUUGAGUUGAUUCUGUUUUAGUCUUCUGGAUGUGGGUGCAAGAUGAAUCGAGCAAAUUCAGGCAGCCAGUGUUUUUUGUUUUGGUAGAACAAGAUAUUAGGCUUAUCAGUUCUUCAUGAAUAUCCUUCCGUUUGGAGGGGAAUUUUGUAUAAUUCAUCUUUUUAAUUUUUAAGGGAAUAAAUUGUACCUGUUCUGUUU